GAUGGCCCGGGGAGAGAGACGCCUGACACACAAGGGUCUACAAGGGGCACUGAUGAUAUCCUUCUACAGGGAGGAACCUCGGUUUAACCAGCCCCACCAGCUGCUGACGCUGUUAAUGGAUGUUGACUCUUUAAUUACUAAAUGGCGGUAUAAUCACGUAAUGAUGGUACAGAGAAUGAUUGGAUCACAGUUGUUUGGUACUGGCGGAUCAUCUGGGUACCAGUACCUGCGAUCCACACUCAGUGAUCGUUACAAAGUGUUCCUGGACUUGUUCAACUUAAGCACCUUCCUGCUGCCUCGUAACUCAGUACCACCACUCACAAGACAGAUGAAAUGUCGUCUCAGCAUCAUGGACGACACAGAACAAGCCAAGGACCACAACGACCUUCCCAAAGACUCUUCCAAACUACCACCAACUGCGCCAUCUUCAGCCCUCACAGCCUCACACUUCCCGUGUACUCCUGAUGCUGCAGACGAUAAGAUCUCCUCAGACAGUGACCUGGAUAAGAGUCUGGAGAACAGCAUCGAAAGAUCUUGUGAAGCCUCCAUGUGAGGGGUAAAUCCCUGUGAGAGCGGCCUAGCAGGAAGACACAAGUACUAGUAGCUCUCUCUCGUGGGAUGGCCCUGCCCGGGCCAUGGGCACAACACAAGCCUGUGUACCCACCAUGACUUAACAAUAAACAAAGAAGCCUCCGAAGACGUAUCAUUAACCAUCCGCUACCAGAAUACUAAACAAACCCCUUAUAAUUGGUACCAGCGGUGGUCGCAGCAGUGUGUUUGCCCAAAGCGAGGAAGGAAGAGGGAUGAAGUCAUCUUCACUUCAUCAUCCCAUACAAGAAGCAUCCGUCUCUCAACGAGUUAUCCUGAUGUCGUGUCUGCACUUUUGAGCAUCCAGACACAGGUACAAGCAGGAUCCCAGCCGAAAUUUGUCGAAAUUUUUCGAGAAUUGUAAGUGGCGUCACAGUGACCCCAUGCUACAGCGUCCCACGCUAGCGUCCCACGCUGUUUCUCACGUCACGUGUUCAGCAUCACUUGUAUGUUGCUGUUGUUGUUGUUCAGCUCAGCACAGCUGUUUCAGCAAGCCAGAGGCGAGUUUUGUGGUGAUUUCUGCGUCCAGUGUGAGCUUCUCCACGUGUUUGUGGGUGGGGGAGGAGAGGAGAGGAAGUGGCUGUUUCUCACCUUGCCCAUGCUCGCCCUGCUCACGCUCUGUUGUGUUUUCUGCUGUUUUCCAUGUGAAUUCAUUGCCAGAGCUGUGUAUCCGAGUGCCCGAGGCCACUCGAAGCUACUUGGAUCAGCAUGCCACGUAGAUCACGAUGCCACGUGGAUCGCGACGCCACGUGGGUGUGGGCAAUGUGACGUAGACCUACGAGCUACGUGAGUUACCAGAUGUCCCAGGCCACAUGCUGUGGUCUGCUGCCCGCAUCACAUUGACGUCACCCACAAUGCUGCCCGACUUCAUGACGUCAUGAUGUCUGCCUGAUGUCACCUCAAGAUGUCUGCUGACGUCACCUCGAGAUGUCUGCUGACAUCACCUCGAGAUGUCUGCUGACGUCACCUCGAGAUGUCUGCCUGACGUCACCUUGAGAUGUCUGCUGACGUCACCUCGAGAUGUCUGCCUGACGUCACCUCGAGAUGUCUGCUGACGUCACCUCGAGAUGUCUGCUGACGUCAUCACGCCUGACAUCACAUGAUGUCACAUCGAGUGUUUCUAGUAAUUAUUUUAGUAUUGUCGAGAAGAUUGAGAGAAAAUAUAUGUCGUGUGUUAAUUAAUUCCUCUCAGUCAGUGUUCUCACAUUUUAGUACAUGUCUUAGUGUCAGUUUUAUGCACAGAAAAGCAUCAUUUGCUAGUUUAAGCCAUGUUAGUGUACCGCAGGUGUGUAAAGUUUCCGUGUCCAGUGAGGUCUGAGCCAGACCUGAGUAGCACCACUGUGUUAAGUCACCCGUGUGACCAGUGUGUUUGACAGCUGAUUACUCAGCCCUGAGCGUAUGAGCCCUCUUGUACAGAAAGCUUUUAUGCUCGUCGCUCGUGUUGUUCUGCAGAAUCGUACCUGCUACGAUUCCCAUCGAGAUUUGUUUCACUUCACCUCCAGACCAUCAGAGUGCAGUUAUAUGUAGAGAAACAAGUCUGGGGAUGCUUAGACUAACCUCUGCUAUAACUCCAACUGUCGAGAGAUGAUACUCGUCAAGCCGCAGCCAGCCCUGUCGGCAGGCGCUGUGUCAGCCUCGUGUCACAAGCUUCAGUGAGCAGCCUGCACAAAGAUGAUGUCACUUUGACUGCUAGCUCUCUAACUGCAGUCUGGUGUAUGAUGUUACGACUCCCAGAUGUUUCGCCCAGUCGUCUCUGCCACGACUCGCUCCACAACUCGCUCCACGCUCGCCGGCAAUGACAGCCCAGUGACAGUACCAGUCGAGAAGUGUCCUCCUGAGUCGCUUGCCAGAAGUCCUGCCCAGUUGCCGAGUUUUGUCGACACCUCACUCGAGGGCACCAGCAUGUUGUGCCCCAGGUUGAGUGAAACCUGCAGCGACUCCUACGAUGACUGCUUCACCAUUCCAGAGGAGACCGUAACCUGUUAUGUCACAGCUCAGCCGCAGCGAUGUCUCCCGUGUUGCAGUCUGUCCAGACACAGAAAGGCGUGCAGUGAUGCCCUUCGACGCUCACUGCCUAUGACCACGAUGUUUAGCACACCCCACAUGUUUUUUUCUUCCCUCCCUGUAGGAAGUUUUUUUUUCCAUGUCCAUAUGUAUAUAUAUGUUUUUAUUUUGUGUUCUGUGCCCUGUUCCUACGAGAGAGAGACCGAGUUUCUUUUACUACCAGUAUUGUCGCGUCGGGACGACGCGCGGUAGGUGGCCGAGCGUAUGUAGACAGCCUGUACUGUCUGCACAGACAGCCCCUGCUGUCUGCCAGCUUAGUUCAUAUUUCACGCCAUGCUGGUGCUGCCACCUAUAGGCCUUGCCACUUCAGUAUGCCCAGACUUGCCUCUCCCUCACUCACACAGCGGCCUAGCAGGAAGACACAAGGCCUCCCAGCUCUCUCUCGUGGGCAUAGCCCUCCCGGGCCAUGGGCACAACACAAGCCUGUGUACCCACCACGACAUUAAUAAUAAAGUAAGAAGCCUUCGAAGACGUAUCAUUUAACUACCCGCUUACAGCCUACCAAACAAACCCCUUAUAUAUACCUUGUACAUGUACUUGUAGACCUUGUACAUGUACUUGUAUACCUUGUAUAUGUACUUGUAUACCUUGUACAUGUACUUGUAUACCUUGUACAUGUACUUGUAUACCUUGUACAUGUACUUGUAUACCUUGUACAUGUACUUGUAUACCUUGUACAUGUACUGGUAUACCUUGUACAUGUACUGGUAUACCUUGUACAUGUACUUGUAUACCUUGUACAUGUACUGGUAUACCUUGUACAUGUACUAGUAUACAAGUACAUGUACAAGGUAUACCAGAAAAAUCAGAAAAUCAACAGAAAUACUGGUGGUAAAUCAGCUUACCAGGAGACGGCUGGAGGUGAAGUAACUCUCCAGACUCCAACCUUCACCAACCACCAGGUGAGACUGGAAGUAGUGACUCUUCAGACUCCAACCCUCACCAACCACCAGGUGAAGUUAAUACUACCAAGACUACAGAUCAGACCCCAGGAAGUGAAGUUUGCCCUCAGCCCACUAGAUGGUAGUUCUGGUAGUAACAAGCUAAUGGGUCCUGGGUGUCUGAACCACCACAACAUCCCACUUAAUACCCACUUUUCCCUCGCACUUGGAUUAGGCUAAAUUAAAUUAUGCUUGUUAUAAUAAGGUCAGGAAAGUUUUCUAAGGUUCUUAUGGUAGAAGAUUAUUAAUUUUUAUAUUAACAUAAAUGAAAAAAAUAUAUCUUUAAACGUAUAAGAGAAAAUUUAAAAA